ACAUAUUCUGGUGUGACGACGUUAUGUCGCCUUACGUCAUGCAGUACCCACCACUCAGAACGUUUCCCGCGGUGGGGUCGUUCAAAUAAUGCGCGCGAGAUUCUGGCGCGCUCAGAGUCAGAAUCACAGCACACACUCACUGUAGUUUUGUCCCGAGGAUCGCUCUGCACGCGCUCGUCAGUAAAAUGCCCUGCUCUGAAGUUACAGAAGCGGUUUCGCCGCAGAAAAGAUGCAAGAGUGAUGCAGUGAACGGACAUGAAGAACAAAAGGUGCUCAAAUUCGCCAAACUGACAGAAAACGCCACGACACCGAGCCGAGGAUCGGACCGAGCCGCGGGAUUCGACCUGUACAGUGCAUAUGACUACAGCAUCGGGCCGAUGGAUAAAGCUCUGGUCAAGACUGAUAUCCAGAUCGCGGUCCCACACGGAUAUUACGGGAGAGUAGCUCCUCGCUCGGGUCUCGCGGUGAAGCACUUCAUCGAUGUGGGCGCGGGUGUGGUGGACGAGGACUACAGGGGGAAUCUGGGAGUCGUGCUGUUCAACUUCAGCAAAGAGCCGUUCGAAGUGAAGAAAGGAGAGCGCAUCGCUCAGCUGAUCUGCGAGAGGAUCUGUUACCCGGAGCUGCAGGAGUUACAGACGCUGGAUGAGACUGUGAGAGGAGCAAGCGGCUUCGGCUCCACCGGCACCAACUGAAACCCUCAACUGUAGAAAUGCUGCU